AUGGUGCUCCGGAAAGAUGAACUUGAAACACAGCUCAAGAAUGAAAAUGAAUUGAUCAAGAGCGGCGUCCUGAAGGAGGAUAACCCCCUCGACCAGUCGACCGAGUUUGAGGCGUUCCUCCUAGCCUGCAGACGGGGUGAUCUGAAAACAUGUCAGGAGCUGAUCUCGGCCGGGGUAAACAUCAAUGGCAAGGACCGCUUUGACUACACGCCCUUGAUCAUUAAUGCCGUGGCUGAGUUGAGACCAUCAGGUGCCCUGGCGGAGAGGAACACAUUCCAAGGCGAGCGGUGCAUCUACAACGCCCUCAACGACAGGAUACGAAACCUUCUGCUGGAGUACGACUACUCCAAAUCAACAGAUCCGCUUCAACCAUGGGCCGGCCACAUCACAACCCUGCUCACAAAAUCUGUGCCCCGGACGGCAGACAUCAGCUUAAUCGCGGCCUCGCAGUCGUUCGAGCUUCACAAGUUCCUCCUCGCGGCGCGGACGCCCUACUUCCGCAAGAAGCUCGCCGAUGCGCCUGAAAGAGUAAAGUACGAGCUCCCGGCAACCAUCCCCGUGGAGUCCUUCCAGGUCGCGCUGCGCUACCUGUACCUCGGCGAGGUGCCAAGGGAUCUGGUCGAUGCCCGGAGCACUGUGACGGAGGAGGACGUUCUCAUCGGCGUUGAUAAGCUCAGCGACUACCUUGAGAUCGAGCAGCUGUGGGAGGCAAUUCUCGCCGGGAACGACCGCCGGCUCGCUCGUCAACGGUACCAGGAUGAGGUGCAGCGCGCCCAGCGCCAGGUUGAGCAGUUCUACCGGGAAAAGGUCCUCGGCCACAAGAUGGUCGUCGAGACGAGGCGCGUAAACGACAUCAAGUGGCGCCAUGACAACUCCAUCUUCGCAGACUGCCUCCUCUGCGCACACGAGCCAGAGGGUGAAGACGGCGCCGACGGCGACGACACCGAGGAGACCGAAACCGUCGCCAACCACAUCGGCAUCCCCCUCGGCCCGGCACCCAACGGCGACGGCGGCAAGCCCGCAAAGAAACCCAGGCGCUCCGUCGUCUACCCCGUGCACAAAGCCAUCCUCAUCCGCAGCCCCUACUUCGAGACCAUGUUCUCGAGCGAGUUCAAGGAGGCCCAGGACUCGGAGCACCUGCACGUCGUCACCGUCGACUGCAACCCGGACGUGCUCGAGAUCGUGCUCACAUUCCUCUACACCGAAAAGGUCGACUGCCCGCUCGAGCUCGCCCUGGACCUGCUCUACACCGCCGACAUCUUGUUCCUCGACAAGCUCAAGACGAAGGCGGCGCAGGCCAUCAGCACGCUCGGCAGCGGCACCAGCAACGCGCUCAUCGACCGCACCCACGGCGAAGGGGAGGAGGAGGAGAUGGAGCCCAUCAACAUCUACGAUGUGAUCCACGCCGCGUGGGACCUGCGCGUGCAGCGGCUGGAAGAGUUCGCGGCGCGGUACCUGGCACACCGGCUGGAGGAUUACAUUGACGAGCCCGACUUUGCGGAGUUGAUCAACGAGAGUGCGUCGCGCAUCAAGAAUCGUCAGGAGACGGAUACUAUUGAGCUGCUUGACGACAUCCGGUAUUACCUCGGCGAACGGUUCCGUCUGCGGUUCGAAGACGCCAAUCUGGAGGACAUGAUGGAUGAGCAGGGCGAGAUCGACGCUGCCAUGGCCGAGACGAUUGCGGCGCAGAGCGAGCAGGUCGAUGGGAAGGGUGAGCCUGUGCCUGUUCAGGCGAAGAAGGAUGAGGUGCCGGUUCAGAAUGGCGACGGGGAGGGCGUGAAGACACUGGGCGGCGAGAUGGCGGAAGACGAAUUCGCAUCGGACGCCAUCAACUACCAGAUUCUCCUGGGCAAGAUUGACGUAAUGCUUGAUCGUCUCAAGCUGGAUGCAUAG